UUCCGGUUCCUCCCAAAUCUGUCACUUCUUUGAUGAUGAAUAAAGAUGGCUUCCUGGGUGGAAUUUCAGUCAAUACCGGAGAGGUGUUUUGCUCUGUACCUGGCCGCUUGUCUUUGCUUAGUUCAACUUCAAAAUAUAAAGUAACUGUGGGAGAAGUUCAAAGACGCCUUUCUCCUCCAGAGUGUCUGAAUGCAUCCCUCCUAGGAGGAGUACUUAGAAGAGCCAAAUCGAAAAACGGGGGGAGAUCUUUGCGAGAAAGGCUAGAAAAAAUCGGUUUGAAUUUACCAGCCGGCAGGCGUAAGGCCGCAAAUGUCACUUUACUCACCUCCCUGGUGGAAGGUGAGGCCGUUCACUUAGCUCGGGAUUUUGGGUACAUCUGCGAAACGGAGUUCCCUGCCAAAGCUGUUUCUGAGUACCUGAACAGACAGCACACGGACCCCAGCGACCUCCACUCCAGGAAAAACAUGCUGCUUGCUACAAAGCAACUUUGUAAAGAAUUUACAGAUCUCUUGGCCCAGGACAGGACGCCCAUUGGAAACAGUCGGCCCACCCCUAUUUUGGAACCGGGCAUUCAGAGCUGCUUGACUCACUUCAGCCUCAUCACUCAUGGCUUUGGGGCCCCCGCUAUCUGCGCUGCCCUCACGGCCCUUCAAAACUACCUGACUGAAGCUCUCAAAGGCAUGGACAAGAUGUUCUUGAACAACAACACUGCUAACAGGCACACAUCUGGCGAAGGACCAGGUAGUAAAACUGGAGACAAGGAAGAGAAACACAGAAAAUGAGAGAGA